CAGGUCCCAAUCAGUCGGUGCUCACGUCGGCGUCUCUUUACGUCAGGGGCGGGCUCUCUUCUACACAUGCGCAAGAUCGAACGGGCCUUCUUUCUCGCCCUACGCCGCCAACAUGGUUUUCAGGCGUUUUGUGGAGGUUGGCCGGGUGGCCUACGUCUCCUUUGGGCCUCAUGCUGGAAAGCUGGUUGCAAUUGUAGAUGUUAUUGAUCAGAAUAGGGCUUUGGUUGAUGGACCUUGCACUCAGGUAAGGAGACAGGCCAUGCCUUUCAAAUGUAUGCAGCUCACUGAUUUCAUCCUCAAGUUUCCUCACAGUGCCCGUCAGAAGUAUGUUCGGCAAGCCUGGCAGAAGGCAGAUAUCAAUACAAAAUGGGCAGCCACAAGAUGGGCCAAGAAGAUUGAAGCCAGAGAAAGGAAAGCCAAGAUGACUGAUUUUGAUCGUUAUAAAGUAAUGAAGGCAAAGAAAAUGAGGAACAGAAUAAUCAAGAAUGAAGUUAAGAAGCUUCAGAGGGCGGCUAUCCUGAAAGCUUCUCCCAAAAAGGCACCUGUUGCUAAGGCUGCAAUUGCAGCUGCAGCAGCUGCUGCUGCUGCUGCUAAAGCUAAAAUUCCAGCAAAAAAGGUAACUCCAGCAGGCAAGAAGGCUCCAGCCCAAAAGGCUCCUGCUCAGAAAGCCCCAGGCCAGAAGGCAGCGCCGCCUCCAAAAGCUCAGAAGAGUCAGAAAGCCCCAGCCCAGAAAGCACCUGCUCCGAAGACAUCUGGCAAGAAAGCAUAAGAGGCUAUUAAAAAAGGAAUAAAGAUUCUUUUGACAUGUUGGCAAAUCUGUUAAAAGUCCUUGGAUUUUAAACUUGUUGCUGAGGCAGGGUUAGGAGGUAGAUUGAUAAACAUCAGGCUCAGUUCCUUAAACUGCCCAGGCUAGGUUAAACACAACCAUAACUAACUGAUCGAAUUACAAAUCAUGAUAAUUAGAAAGUGACUUUAUUUCCUUAAGCAAAAAAAAUUUCCCACACGGGUAGAGUUCCAGCCUCCUGAUGUACAAGAGACUAAAGUUUUCUUUAAAAAAUAGUAAUUGAUGUCUUUUCAUACCCUCUCCCCCAAAUUUUGAUAAUGAUUCUAGCUCGGUCCCCCUUUUUUGGAGAUAGGGUCUAUUUUGCCUUGGCUAAUCUUGUCUUGCUGGGCUCAGGUAAUCCCCCUGAUUCUUAAAGCUGUGUAACUUGGGCAAACCCCUAAUCCCCAAAGCCUGUUUCCUAUGCUUUGUAGUGGUUAGUAGAUAAUAGUUGUAUAGCCUAUUGAGAGGCUUAUUAGAGAUAAGGUAGUGCUGGUUAGGAUAGGUGGGGUUCAUGAAUUAACAAUUGAAAAUUUAGAGAUUAGAAACUAGCAGGUUGACAUGGAAAGAAACCUGGGAUGGCAUUUUUUGGUUUGAGUUUGCCAAAGCGGGAGAGUAAGUGAAAGAGAAACAGGGAAGUUGAAAUUCAUUUUGCUAAGUAUCUUUGGGUGCAUCAGGAAAAGGAGCUAAUGAAAGAAGCUCAGUGCCCAAAGUAUGGAAUGGUGAAUCGGGCAUUAGCUUUAGGGGAAAGAUGUCUUUUACAUGAGGAUUCUAGAAAGGUUUAGAUAAUCUCUAGGUUUAAGGGGGAUGAGAAUACACAUUUGCAGGACAGAAGUUAAUAAUUGCAUGUGGAGGAAGUGGGAGAGCACUUCUUUGCAGCAUUUUGGGUCCAGCCUAUGAGGUGGUCAGGAUGAGAAUGUUUUAGGGAACAAUUGGAAAUACAAAUCCAAAGGACUUUAGGAAAAUGUCUGGGACAUAGGGCACCUGAAAAGGGCUAAAUAAGAGUUGGACCAAAUAAUAGAUUUGGUGGCAAAUGAUAUAUCUUAGCAUAACAGUAUAAUCCAGAUUGAAUUGGAAAUGGGAGGUAGGUUGAGGAAAACACAGGGAAGGUGGCUUGAAGAAAAACUGAAGCUGAGUGGGAUGGCACAACCCUAUAAUCCCAGCUAUUCAGGAAAUAACUCAAGAUCCAGGCCUGCCUGAAUAAUUUAGUGAACCCCUAUCUCAAACUUUAAAAUACAAGGACUAGUAGAACACCCCUGGGUUCAAUUCCCAGUAUUGCCAAAAAAAAAAAAAAAGUACUAU